GCGACGUCGCGGCCAUCGGUUGGGUGUAUCGUCCGUUGGGGUGGGGCGGAAAGACAGGCGGAAGGAGGCGCGCCAAUUCCGAGGAAGGCGCGCGCACGAAAGCUCCCUACCUUUAAACCCCUGGAAAGAACGCCACGUGGAUCUCCAGCUAGCCGCUGGCCUGGAAUGGCUAUGGCUGCCGUUGGGACUGCCGCUGUGCAAGGGGGUCGACUUCUACUCCACGCCAAGUCACCCGUUGUGUCAUUGCUAGAGGGACGCACGCAGCUUGGCGCGCAAUGCCACGGGCGACAGGCUAACGCCGCCGCGAUUGCGCUGUGCGACAGCUCGGCGCGUCACGUGGCGGCGCGCGAUGGGGCGCUCCCUCUUUGCCACGCGGCGCCCGCUCGUGGGGACCCGUCUCAGCUUCGAGGUUUCGCCGGGUCGUCCUUUGCCCUCGGCAGUGCGUUGCAGAAGUGUGCGCCUUCCACGUCAGCAUCCUCUUUGGAGAGGGUGCCACGUGGCAGUUCCUUUACUGUUCGUGCGGAGACGAAGUCCAACAACCUCGGGGAUUUCGGAGGCCAAUGGCUGAGCUGUACAACACGGCACGUGCGUCUGUACAUUGGGUACAUCGACCCCGAGAGCCACGUGAUGGACCAGUCGCAACUGGAUAAGAUCAGUCUCAAUCUGGAUCCCGACAAUGAAUUUGUGUGGACAGCAGAGAAAGAGCAGAAAGUGUACAAUUUCUUCACAGAGCUCCUCGAUCAAUACGAGGGGGCAGAGAUGACAGAAUACACGCUGCGCUUGAUCGGCUCAGAAAUCGAACACUACAUCAGGAAGCUAUUGCUGACAGGGGAGAUCAAGUAUAACCUCAACUGCAGAGUGCUCAACUACAGCAUGGGAAAACCCAGAAUCAAUCCAAACGCUAUCGAUCUUGCGCAAUUAGAGUCCUAAAUCCUUACCAGCAGUUUUUGUUUUCGUUUUCAUUUUCUGCUUCGCUUUGUAAAAAGCUCGGACUUUUAUAAAUAUGUGUAACAUUAUUUAUACCUUUUUUUUUUUUUAACUUCUCAAUUUGGACUUUGCUUGUAUUUUCUCCCCCUCCUCCUCCUCCUCCUCCUCCUCCUCCUCCUCCGCAGCUUUUGCCAUUCUCCUAAAUCUUUGCUUCAGAAGCGUUUAUCCGUCCGAAACACUGUAAAGUUGUGUAAACUCAUGAACUAAAAUACUCUCUGAAGUUUCUGUACCAAUGGGGCUUAGCUCAGUCUGCACACACACUUUCUGCAUUUAUACUGUUGAAAUGCCGACCUGAGUUCGAACCGAGAUGGAAGUUUACGUAGACCUGAGU